GUAAAUUCUUAUAAUAGCUUACAGGGAAAAGACUCUUCAAUCUGAAGCAAAAUGUACCGGGAAUGUUGAAGAGCGGGACUCUUAAGCAGUAGUGAGAUGCGGCGGUGGUGGUCGCCGGCGUUGGCGGCUGUGGAGCCGCGGUCCGUGCAGCUCCUGCUCCUGGGCGUCGCUCUCGUCGCAGCUUCUUUCUACGCCGGCACCCUCUUCGGCUCCUCCGCGUCCCCUGCGCUCGUACUGCCCCCUUCGCGCCCCCGAUCGCCCGAUUCCUUCAGGGCCAAAGUUACAGAUGUUCCAGUGUUUACCAACAGAGUUUCUCGUACGUACCGGGCAAAAUCAGUGACAGUUCCAGAUCACGGAGUUGAUGUGUGUCCUUUGGAAUACAAUGAGUAUGUCCCCUGCCAUGAUGGAGCCUAUAUAAGCAGCUUGAAGAGCCUGGAUACAUCUAGGCAUGUGGAUCUUGAAAGUAUUUGUCCUCCAUGGGAGAAGCGGUUGUUUUGUUUGGUGCCCCCUCCAAAUGACUACAAGAUACCAAUAAGAUGGCCAACAAGCCGAGACUACGUAUGGCGUAGUAAUGUCAACCAUUCACAUCUUGCUGAGGUCAAAGGAGGACAGAACUGGGUGCAUGAGAAGGGCAAACUUUGGUGGUUUCCUGGAGGUGGCACUCACUUCAAACAUGGUGCAUCAGAAUACAUAGAGAGGCUAGGAAAUAUGAUGACAAAUAGUACUGGUGAUCUUCGUUCUGCCGGAGUAGUUCAAGUUUUGGAUGUUGGAUGUGGUGUUGCUAGCUUUUCUGCAUAUCUUCUUCCGCUAGACAUUCGAACCAUGUCAUUUGCUCCAAAAGAUGGCCAUGAGAAUCAAAUCCAGUUUGCUUUAGAACGUGGGAUUGGUGCAAUGAUCUCUGUGUUGGCCACAAAACAAUUACCUUAUCCUGAAAAUUCAUUUGAAAUGGUUCACUGUUCAAGAUGUCGUGUUGAUUGGCAUGAAAAUGAUGGAAUAUUACUCAAAGAGGUAGACCGUCUUUUGCGACCUAAUGGGUAUUUUGUAUACUCUGCUCCACCAGCUUAUAGAAAAGAUAAGGACUUUCCUGUUAUUUGGGAGAAGCUAGUUAAUAUUACAACAACAAUGUGUUGGAAGCUUAUUGCUAAGCAUGUUCAAACAGCUAUUUGGGUUAAACCUGAAGAUGAGUCCUGCAGACAGAAAAAUGUUGAUAUGAAUCUACUGAGUAUUUGUGAAUCCAAUGACAACAUUUCACCAUCAUGGAAAAUUCCGUUAAUGAAUUGUGUGAAGCUCAACAAGGACAAAUCCAAUAUUCAGAAAUUGCCUUCCAGAUCUGAUCGCCUAUCAUUUUAUUCCAAGAGUUUGGAGAUAAUAGGAGUUGCACCAGAGAGGUUUGAGAAGAAUAACCAGUUCUGGAAGAACCAGGUUCACAAGUAUUGGUCAUUUCUUCAUGUUGAAAAGACUAGCAUUCGAAACGUCAUGGACAUGAAUGCUAAUUAUGGUGGAUUUGCUGCAGCACUAAGCAGUGACCCUGUCUGGAUUAUGAAUAUAGUACCCUAUACCAUGAUGAACACAUUGCCUGUUAUCUAUGACCGUGGGUUACUCGGUUCUUACCAUGACUGGUGUGAGCCAUUCUCAACAUAUCCUAGAUCCUAUGACUUGUUGCAUGCUUUCCACCUCUUUUCUCAUUAUAAACGCCGCAAGGAAGAUUGUUUGUUGGAGGAUAUCAUGUUAGAAAUGGAUCGCAUCAUUCGACCACAGGGUUUUAUCAUUAUUAGAGACGAGAAUGACACUCUCUCAAGAAUCAUCAAUCUAGCACCGAAGUUCCUUUGGGAUGUUACCACGCACAUGUUGGAAAAUGAGGAAAGCGGGACAGAUCAAGUUCUGUUUUGCAGGAAGAAAUUCUGGGCUAUUGUUUGAGUUAUACUUGGGUGGAAAUUGGGAAGCUGCCAUAUUUUAUCCUACUUUUGGUUGCCCUUUGUAUCAGUGACAGAGCAGAGCGUAAGGAGAGCUGUUUGGCAUGAUAGAUGUUCCAAUGAAACAUAAUAUUUCAUUGCACGUUCUCUGCAGUUGACAGUAGUGCAUUGUUGAGAAGGCAUAUGGUACGGUGGUGCGGUUGACAGGGUUAUCCAGAAACUAGCUCGGAUAAUUUUUGCUUUUGAGCUGUACUAUUUGUCUACGAAGGACAUGGGUGAGCCGGUAAGGUGUAGUCUUACUGACAGUGUUUGUAGUUUCUCUCAUAAUGAAUAGCCGUUAAUUCUUUUGUUAUCUUAUUCACUAAUGGCUGAUUAGGUUUAGGUUCUCAAGUUCUCAACAACAUGUUGGUAGUGCUGUUUCUGUUGUUCCAUCUGGGGAGCAUCUGUAGUACUAUAAACCUUAUGUAAGGUACUGUUUCCAGCCAAUGCCGAGGUGCAUUUGUUA